AUGGACCCUGGACGCCUCCUCCCCGGCCCCUACCCUGCCCCUCCUCCUGUCCAGCACACUGUUCAAGAGUUCCACGACACUCGCAUCCACAACGACACUCGUGUUGAGAUCGACACCCGUCACCACGAGCACCUGGUAAACCCGAUUGAUAAGAUCGAGCGCCAGUACCGUCAACGCUUCCAGCCUACCUACCACCGCGAGGAAGUCACCGUCGAGCACUUCCCUGCUCGCUCCCACCACUCGGGUCACUCUCACCACUCUCACUCUCACGUCGACGAAUACACCGUCGACACCCACACUGAGCGCCCCCGCCCUCAGUACACGGAAACCGUAAAGGUUACCGAAGAGACCAUCGAGCCCACUCACGUGUCACGCCCCCAACACAAGUCCAAGAUGGGUUACUACGACGAGGACGGCCACUAUCACUCUUUCCGCCAAGGCCUGCACAAGCUGGCUGACAAGAUUGCUCAUCCUCAUAAAGGCCACGACCGCUAUGAGGUCUCCGAGAUCCGCUCCUCCGCUUCCCGCCGCCAGUCGCCCCCCCCCGCCGCCGGCGGUGCCCCCCUCCUCCCCAACACCGUCACCAUCCCCUGCCACCACAUCCGCCUCGGUGACUUCUUGAUGCUCCAGGGCCGCCCCUGCCAGGUCAUCAAGAUCUCCACCUCCGCCGCCACCGGCCAGUACCGCUACCUCGGUGUCGACCUCUUCACCAAGCAGCUCCACGAGGAGUCCUCCUUCAUCGCCAACCCCGCCCCCAGCGUCGUCGUCCAGACCAUGCUCGGCCCCGUCUUCAAGCAGUACCGCGUUCUCGACCUUGCUGACGGCCACGUCACCGCCAUGACCGAGACCGGCGAUGUCAAGCAGGGCCUGCCUGUCAUUGACCAGUCUAACCUCUGGUCCCGCCUGAACAACGCCUUCGAGUCCGGCCGCGGCAGCGUUCGCGUCCUUGUCCUUAACGACAACGGCCGCGAGCUCGCCGUCGACGUCAAGGUCAUCCACGGCUCUCGUCUGUAA